AAUGUGAAAAAUAUCAAUGUUGAACUGAAAAGUUGAAUUGAUACUUAUGAUGAAUGGAUAAAUCGCUUCUUAUAGUAGCCGGUGCGUCAUAUUCUCAAUUGAGAAUUGUUUUUAUUAAUUAGCUAAAUGUAUCAUGAUAAAAACAGUAAAGAUGGGUUGUUGAUAAGACAAUUUUCUCGUUCGAGUGUUUGUUGGUUAUGUUAGUUGAGUUAAGUGUGUAAGAGAUAAACAAAUAGGCCAAGCAAAAAACAGCUGUUUUAAAAAAUGUGGCGAGAGGGAGGCAAAUUAAUUAACAAUCAUUGAAUGGAGGAACCCAGAGUUAAUCAGUUUGCGUUACCAUAGGUGCGCUCGUUCAUUUAUAACUGCUGUUUUAUUCACUUUACAAAACCUGUUCAAAAUCCAGUGGAUGUUAUGAUUUUGGGACGAUGUUAUGCUCAAACUAUACGAUUAGCAUUUGACAUAUCUAAACAAUGUGUUAACAAUAGGGGAAAAAGCAUAGCUUCCUUUGAAUGCAAUAUUAAUAGCAAGUCAGCUUCACAAAUAUUGACUCGAUUGAGCAAAAAAAUGGCUUCAACCUCUACCAGUGUUGAAAGCAGUGGACAGAAUAAAUUAGCUUUUGAAAAAUCUCCUUACCUUCUUCAACAUGCAACUAAUCCUGUUGAUUGGUACCCAUGGGGCGACGAGGCCUUGGAAAAGGCAAAGAAAGAGGACAAAAUCAUAUUUCUGUCAGUGGGCUAUUCCACAUGCCAUUGGUGCCAUGUGAUGGAAAAAGAAUCAUUUGAAAAUCCGGAAAUAGCCAAAGUCAUGAACAAAUACUUUGUAAAUAUUAAAGUGGAUAGAGAAGAAAGGCCCGACAUUGACAGAGUGUACAUGACGUUUGUACAAUCAAUUUCAGGUCGUGGUGGUUGGCCCAUGAGUGUCUUCUUGACACCAGAUUUGAUUCCAAUCACAGGAGGAACGUAUUUUCCACCAGAUGAUAAAUAUGGACAGCCAGGUUUCAUGAGAAUAUUAAAAAGUCUUGCUUCAAAGUGGUCUGAAAAUAAGAAAGAGUUUAUAGUAUCUAGCUCUCAAAUCAUGAAAGCGCUCAAAACUGCAGUAGUUUCCAAACCCCAAAACGAAGAUCCUCACGGUGAAUUAACGGGAAAAAACGUUUUGAUAGUGUUUGGAAGCGUAGACAAAACUGCCGAGCACUUCAAUCUGAGUUCCGAAGUUGUAAAAUCUCUACUGCAAAAAUCUUUGAAUAUAUUAUACGAAGAGCGAAAAAAGAGACCAAGACCUCACCUGGACGACAAAAUGGUUACUGCCUGGAACGGUCUCAUGAUAAGCGGAUUGUCACACGCAGCCUCAGCCCUGGACAAUUCUCAGUACGUUGAAUACGCCGCGAACACUGCCAAGUUUAUCGAACGCUACCUCUUUGAUCGAGAGAAGCAAGUGCUGUUGCGAAGCUGUUAUCGCGGUGACAACAAUCAAAUUUCACAGACCAACACGCCGAUUCACGGCUUCCAAGUGGACUAUGCUUUCGUGAUACGUGGCCUCCUCGACUUGUACAAUGUCAGUUUUGACCCUCACUGGCUUGAGUUUGCUGAACAAUUGCAGGAUAUUCAAGACAGCCUAUUCUGGGACAGCACAGGUGGUGGCUACUACGCGACCGAGGACAAUAACUCAGUCAUUUUACGGCUGAAGGAUGAUCAAGAUGGUGCAGAGCCGUCGGGAAACUCAACGGCGUGUGGAAAUCUCAUCAGUUUAGCCUCGUACUUGGAUCGUCCAGAGCUUGCAGAGAAGGCUAGCAAUUUAUUGAGUUUUAUGCAAGGCAUGUUGAUGAAACUCCCCGUAGCGUGUCCAGAGCUGGCAGCCGCCUUUAUACAUCUACAUGAUUCUAUUACUCAGAUUUACAUAGUUGGCAAAAAGGAGGCAGAUGAUACUAAAAAGCUAUUGCGAGUAGUGCAAGAGCAACUUAUACCAGGACGUGUGAUAAUACUCGCCGACGACGAACAAUCGGACAACAUACUGUACCGCAAGAACAGCGUCAUGGGCAAGAUGAAGCAAUUGAACGAUCGAGCGACAGCCUACGUCUGUCAUCACCACGUGUGCUCACUACCAGUUUCAGAGCCUGAUCAGUUGCUGUUGCAGCUCGACAAGCGGAGACUCGAUGCAUUGAGUCAAAGCUAACGUGGUUGUACACUUGAUGUGGUAAAAUAAAAUUUGAUGGAGUAAUUUUUUUUUCAUUCUUAUAUAUUAUACGUUUGAGUUUCAGUGUAUUAUAAAACUAAAAUCAUGACUGAUUAGAAAAUAUACAAUGCUUUGUGGCUGUGAGUGAAAUGGAAGGCAAAAUUAAUUGAAAUUUAUUCUCCUAGAUAUUUUCAUGAAAAAAAAAAGAAA